UUAUAACGUAGGCAAAAACCAGAUAAAACAUAUGAAAACAAGAUAAGAUAAGAGUCAUGAGUAAUAAGACACACUGCCCAUUCUGUAGUGUUACUGUGGUUCCCAUAAGAGCGUGCCAUCUGCUGGCCUGUUUAGAAUUGCACUACAGCAAAAAUGGCAUCACAAAGUUCACCAGUCUGUUGCUCUGUGUCCUCCCUCAAAGUUGCCACCAUCGUCCUCGGCUCCAUAGGGCUUGUUCUCUGGCCCACUGCCAUUGGUUUCACCUGCGGCUAUGGCUUCUACGCUCUAAAUGGAUAUUAUCCAACUCCAUUGGGAUCAACGAUGUUAUCGAUCAUGAUCAUAGGAGUCAAUAUUGCUUACAUAUACCUGACUUCCCUCAUCAUCUUCAAACUCACAGAAAGUUCUCAAUUAACCCCUGAAGUGAUCCAGUCUGUGCGGAAAAACACUGCCCGUUUGGUGGCCUUCCUGUUGAUCGGGUUUGCAGGCUGGGUGAAUAGUGUCGUGUGGUUUGCCAUGUACGGGAUAUACUGGGAUGGUUGGUUCGUCUACGUCACACUCUUCAGUUGUAGCUUCUCCUUCGUGUGGACUACGGUGGUAGCAGCUGUGGCCGGGUCGCUCACGCACAUGUAUGUACCGGUGUAUGAGCAGGCACCCCGAGAUCUUUCUCAGACUUACGAUCCUAAAGGCCGGUUCGGAGGGGAGGUUUCGACCAGGUACGAGGGACGCCCUAAGGAACCUAUCUACGCGCACCCCAAUCGUAAUCGAAACUCAGUCGCCGCCCCUGUGCACGGCCAAGUGGCUCCCUGGGCCGAUCACAUGUAGUCACUUGCUUCAUCUUUUUCUCCUCCACGUUAAGCGCAGGGUCUUUUUUUUCACUAUUGUUAGAUAAUUCUUCAGAUGUGUUAUUUAGAUGAUUGCUUCUGCUUCUCUCUAUCUGUAUGCAUUUUGUCAGUGUGUUGCUUUUACGAUAUGUGUGUUAUGUAAGUUACAGUUAACAUCACUACCACAUGAAUAUUGUUGGAUGUAAAACGCAGAUUACUAUCUCCUUGCUUGAUACAUUAUUAUUACAUAUAUUUUUUAAUAGGACUGAUGGAAACGACAUUAAUUGUAUAGGUAAAAUGCUUAGUAAAAAGAUAACAAUAGCUUUUUUUUAUAUCUCAUAAUACCUUGUUACACCAAAUCGUGGACAUUUUCGUAAACAUUAGCCGGGCUUCCUAUCUCCAAGAUCUACGUUGAUUCUGUUACAGGAGUGAUAUUCAAGUUAUUUUAUAUUCAAAUCACAAGCAGAUUCUAUGUAAAUAAAUGUUAAACUUCUACCUCGGAUUUGUUUUUUUUUCAUGAAAAAAAACUGCACCGAUACCCAAUUGUAUGUAGAAAGUUACGUUUACACCGUCUUUUUCUUCUUCAUUUUUUUCAGUCGGAUUAUAUGUACAUAAAUCAAUAUAUAGUAAAAUUAUACUUAAUCCAGACUGUAUGUUGAUAUGAUCAUUGAAAAUAAAUUAUACAUGUGCCUAUUUUCUUCUU